AAAAUAAUACACAAAAAAAAGAUCCAGCGACGAUCGGAGCACUAUCUCUACUUAUACUGGAACGCUGGCUGACUGGACGUUCCGAGUUCCGAGAGAGAUGUCUGUUUGUGCUGCCGAGCUCUCUUCGACCUCUUCGUUUAGUACAGUAACUAUAAAGAAAAGCGUAGACCGGAGCCAGCUCAAAUCACAAAAAGAAGAAGAAGAAUUCAGUGGACGAUAAAAGUGUUUUGAUAAGGUUAUGUCUUAAUUGUUUUUUGGCCGGUACUCGAAAUGUCUUGGAUCAUAGAACAUUUUUUGAUUCGUUCAUUUCCUAGACAAAAUUGUCUCGGGAAAUGUCGCAAUAUACUGUACUUCUCUACAUCAAUGUCUACAGUGAGAACAUACAAAAAUGAUGAAACUAGAAAAAAAGAGUUAAUGUCGCGUGGUCUCCCUAAACAAAAGCCUAUCCAGGGUGUUAAGCAAAUAUUGAUGAUAGCAUCAGGCAAAGGAGGUGUAGGAAAAUCUACUGUUUCUACAAAUGUUGCUACUGCGCUCAAAGUUGUAGCACCCUCCAAAGCCAUUGGUCUUCUGGAUGCUGAUAUUUUUGGUCCGACUAUUCCACUCAUGAUGAAUUUGCAUCAAUCGCCAAUGCUUACCGAGGACAAUCAUAUGGAACCAUUGAUUAAUUAUGGAGUCAAGUGUAUGUCAAUGGGAUUUUUGAUCGAGGAGAAAACCCCUGUAAUCUGGCGAGGAUUGAUGGUGAUGAGCGCCAUCGAUAGACUGUUACGUCAGGUAGCCUGGAGUCCACUGGAUUAUCUCGUGGUUGACACACCGCCCGGAACUGGUGAUACUUUACUUUCAUUGAGUCAAAACUUGCCAAUAACUGGUGUCUUAUUAGUGACAACACCUCAGAAAGCUGCGACUGAAGUAGCUCGAAGAGGUGCAAAGAUGUUUCAAAAACUCAACAUCCCAAUUGCCGGUAUCGUUGAGAACAUGACUAGUGUAUCGUGUCCAAAAUGUAAUCACAGUGUUCCCCUUUUUGGUGGAGGAGCUGCGUCUUUAGCUGACGAAAUUGGAAGCACUAUACUAAGUAGAUUACCGAUGCACGAGGACAUAACAAACAGUUCGGAUAAAGGGCGACCAAUCGUUUUAUCCGCUCCAAAUUCAAUCUAUGCUGAAACUUACAAACAAUUGGCCAAGGAUCUUAUUGUAUUUAUGGAAAAACAGCCGAAGAAUACACAUUGAAAUGGAAAUAA